CCCCCCCCCCCCCCGCAAAACACCACAGGGAGACUUCACGACGGUGCAGUGGGCCAUGUACGCGGGGUUCUCGGCUAUCAUGGCGUACGCGGAAGGCUUCAAGGGCUUUCAGCAGAAGUUCUCCCCGCUCGUGGUGAAGCGCGCGCUCACCCUCGACCCAGCAGCGGCGGCGGCCCCGGCGGCGGACGGCGGGCAGAAGCGGCGGCGGCGGGCGGGGCCCCUCCGGCUGCUCCUGGCCGGUCCGUACAGCAUGGGCCUCUUCCACGCCACGAAAAAGAGGAAGACGGUGAGCUGGUCGCUGACGGCGGGCGUGCUGUGCCUAGUGCAGAUGGUUAAGCGCCUCCCGUACCCGUGGAGGUCCAUCGUGGACGCGGGCGUGGUGGUGGGGCUGUCGUACGGGACCCUCUCGAUCUGCGUGAUCUGGGCGAGGGCGGUCCUGGGCAGGGCGCCUUCGAUCGACCCGGCGCUCCCGGAGAAGAAGUGAACACGUCGUGGGUGCUGCUGCUGCUGCUGCGCUUUUUUGUGAGAGCGCAGCUCCCUUCUUUGUGCAAUUGGUCUAUCAUGGUUAGGAACGCUGCUGCUGCUGCUGCUGCUGCUGCUGCUGCCACGAGUGUUGUUUUCGUGUUAGGUGGAGGCAUGGCUUGCGCGGGCCGGGGGAGGGGGGGGAGGGGGCUGUGAUGGAUGGAGAUCUGUCCAUAGUGCUAGUAGAAAGGGGAGGGGCAAGAAGUUGGAGAAAGAGAGUAGGUAGGUCGCGCUCUUUCGGGGCUCGCCCAACUUUCAGGCUGGUGAUCAUGUUCCGUUUUGAUUUUAUUUAGAAUAUUGCUUCUGCGAUGUAUGUUACGGCUCAGCUUUGUUUUGUCUUUUUUUCUGUGCUUUGUUGACGAAGUAUCUCAGGGAAUUGAUGCGAAAACCAGGCCGAGAGAGCGAAAACAUCGGGCAGCCAAAUCCGCAAAUAUUUCUAUUGAAAAAAGGAGUUCUCAAGUGGUCUGCAUCUUGUUAGGAGUUUUUGGUUGUAAAGAGUCCUUGGCGGGUAUAUUUGUGUACGCGUUGCAUAGGACAGCCCGAGGAAAAAAAAACGCGUGCAAGCCAGCAAAGGUACUGUAGAGCACCAACCUAGUGGAGGAAGCGGAUUGCGGCAUGACAAGAAACGUAGCUGAUUUCGUGGGCCUAUAUUGGUGCGAAAGCAAGCAAGGUUGUAGACUUAAUGAUGAGAGGAAUGUCACCCGGAUUGUGCGUGCGCAUGCUUGCCCGCUGCUUGAUAUUUUCGGCGAACAUACGUGGUUCACCGGGCGUCCGGUUUCGCGUCGGAAACAAGAGAGCGUACUGGCGAAACCACAGAGCGGAAACGUAGACAAGCAUGUGCGAAGAAAGUGAUGGCAUAAUGAGAGGCACAAAUACAAACGUCGUACCGUAUGUGGGAGAGAAACCCCAACAAUGAUAGACCGAAAAAAAGUUGGUCGAGCAUCGUACCACUCGGUUCGUCUGACAAUGUGGUGUGUGAUUCCGACCAAAAGAGCAGCACGAAAAGAUCAAGACUCCCUUCAACUAACCGCAGAGUACGAGGGCAUUGGGCUCGGGCUAAAGUCCUUGUUGCACAACCACGGGCAGACUUUCCCUAUCCUACAGAGUGGUGUGUUAAUCCGCCGGUUGUAUCGGGCAGCACGCCCGUGAAUAUGCGUGGCCACGAUCAGAGCGGCGUGUGACAUACUCGUCACCAAACACAAGGUCGACUACCACCAAAAAUCUAGAUUCCCGCGCUGUUAUAUAGCCGUAAGGGAGUUUUGCUUGCAAGCGCCGGCAACUUUUCUUCGUAGAUACGUCGUCAGUCGAUUUCACCUAUUACCAGGACGUCGAGCUACUCCUAGCAAAAACACGAAUCAGGAUGUCCACCACCUACAAACUCCACGCGCGAGGUACGAGAGGUGAUCGCAUUCAUUCCCCGUCACGUGCAUGUGUGGCCAACUAAGUACUGCUUACAUCUACACCACUUGUUAUUAUUUUCCCACCAAUACUCCCUUUGCAGUCACACGCAACACCCGCAGACGAGACUACUUUUUGGCAUGUAGUGCAUGAAAUGGCAACCAACGCAAUCAGAUCCCUACGCAUUGGAUACACUGCAUGCCUAUUCGCCCACAAAGUUGUCUUUCUUGCGCUCGUCUUCCACAAAACCAAAGAUGGCUCGAUGACUCUGUGUGGAACACGUACUAAUGGUUGUUCUCCACCUAAUCCACAAGAAUUUUGCAGGCUGCUGUGCAGCAAUAGCCAAGAGGACUGGACACGUACUUCGCACGAAGCGUGAACAUACGUAAAGAAAGGGUGCGCUACCGAGCAACACCUAUAUCUAUUUCGUCCCGUUCACAAAAAACAACAAACCUAGUAGUACUUGAAGUACUCCCUUUUGUCAUACACAGAAAGACAGACAGACAGCGACCCAGUUGCCAUCAAAACGUGAGCUGUAACCCCUCUCUUCCGCAAACCACGAAUGGGCCAAAAACUUAUCGUGCCAAAUUCUCCCUCUCCUGUAUUAAGUUUUCAUCGCGGGCGUAGACACGUGGUUCAUUCUAAGGGUCCUUCGUGCCUGCCCAAAAAUCAGGUGACACAUUGUAUUCAGCCCCCGGAACAGAUGCCUUCAGCAAGAACUUCGUCCAAAUCUCAUGAAGUACGCUGAAAAUCGACAACAAGUUCGAAAGUAGGAUUGGGUACGUUUUAACCCCACCUCCUCCCGUCACCAUAGGAAGAGGGUUAAAAAGGCGGGAAGUGAUAUCGAUAGGAUAAAUGGACUAGGGAAGGCAUUUU